AUGCCCCCCAUAACUGUAUCUAAAGGGCGCAGUCCCUCCAGUGACCAAAACGAAACCUUCACGCAAAUGGCCGACACAGACCUGGAAUCCCUAGGCCGACACUGCCAAUAUGAGUACUGCGGCCAGCUAGAUUUCCUCCCCUUUCGCUGUGAAUCCUGCCACAGUACAUACUGUCUAGAUCACCGGACCGAAACCGCGCACCAAUGUCCUCGCGAAGGCGAAUGGGCUCGCCGCCGCAAUGGAACAAACAAGAGCCACGAAAACCGCACCGCCCCCGAAAAGCCAUCCAUCUACAACACCGACCAAUGCGCCCAUACACAGUGCAAAACCCUCAUCAACACCCUCAAAGAUCCUGCUGUGCGUUGUCCCCAGUGCAACCACCAGUACUGCCUCAAACACCGUCUCCGCGAAGAACACGAAUGCGCCAAGAUUACCCCGCUAGGCACGCGCCAGCGCAAUGCCUCUUCGCCAAACGAUACUAUAAAGUCUAUGUUUUCGCGUGUACGCACUUGGGGCCGCGAUAAGCAGCAAGCCGCUGCCAAGGGGACCCUGCUGCCUGCUCUACCGAAGUUGAAGCCCAAACCGAAUAGUCCGGCUGCGCGUGCUGUUGCUGUCAAUAACCUUAAGCGGUCAGCUAAGGGGGAUGCUUCGGUUCCUAUGGAUAAGAGGCUGUAUUUGCAUACUGUUGGCACCGCGGAGACGCAGGCUGCAGAGCCGCCCUCUGGGGAUUUCUUUUUCGAUUCAAGGUGGAAAGUUGGGCGUGUGCUUGAUGACGCGGCGAAGAAGUUGCGGGUUCAGAAUUUGAAUAAUCGGGUUGAUGGGGAGGAUUCGAGGUUGCGCAUCUUCCAUGUUGAGUCUGGGGAGUUCCUUGAGUUCUCGGAGGCUAUUGGUGCUGGGAAGGUAAAGCAAGGUGACUCGAUCGUGUUGCUACGUGGCGCUGGGGCUGUUAUCAAAAGCGCUUGA